UGCUGGCUUGACACUGACUCAGUAGUAUCUCAGCAGUCAGUCAGACACACAAGCAAAAGAGGUCCUCAGCGAGCAUCGUUUAUCUCAGCCUUCUGCUUGCUUCGCAUCCCUGAUAUGACCCUGUUCAGCCCAAGAUACAUGAGCAUGAGCGGAGAACUCAAGUCAAGUCGCUCCAGGGCACCGAACAAACGGGCCAGCAACAGCACUUACGGCACUGAGCUGGACCUGGACUAUGACAGCUACGACGACUACUAUGACAGGGCAUAUGACUACCAGCGUGUCCCAGCAUCCAUGUCUCCUCUGCCCUCAAUGGGACCCAGCCUGUCCAAACGCUCCCGCUCUUCGUCCUACUCGUCCUCCAAGCACAGACGCAGUCGGGACAGAACCCACUCCAAAAGCUCCAGAGCACACUCUACUAGUUCCUCCACAUCUAAGUUGGGCAUGGAGGAGUUGCAGGUGAUUAAAAAGGAGCUGACUCUGAUAAAGACACAGAUCGAUGGACUGCUUGACAGUCUUGACAGGAUGGACACACACAAGACUGACCACAAAGGGUCCCCUUUACGGGAGGAAAGUCCACCUUGCUCGCUGUAUGCCAGCAGUCCAGAACAUUCCCUCUCGUCUCUCUCCCCACCCAGCUCCCGCCAUCAAAUCCACAGGGAGAGCUCUGUCCAAAGGGGACCUGAUGAUGAGCACCACAUGAUGAGCAGUCACACCUCGGAUCCCGAAGAGGAAAUAUGAGGCUUGAAGAAGACAGCGUGACAAGAAUGAAGUGCCAAACGUUGAAGAAGAAGAUCAAACUAUCAAGCCAACAUCUUUAUUCUAAGCUCCACUGGGAGUACACAUAUCAAAUGAAACUGUAAAAUUGAGUACCGUUUGGGUUCUGUAAAAUAUACAAUUCUACAAGUAUUCAUACUGAGACCAGCAGGAAGGAGUUAAAUCUUAUUCCCUGAGUAGCAGUGAAGGACAUCUGGAGGCAGAAUCCUGCGGCCAUAUGCAUUCCUAUUGUACUGUACCAGUGUAUUUGCAUGAACACAAAGGCUCCAGCAAUAAUCCAAAUAUUGGCGUGUUUAGGAGGUUAAUCCAAAUGACAAAUUGGGCUCCCCUGAUCAGAACUUUAUGUAAACUGAUUAUCACAGAGUUGAAUAUGACAUGUAAUGAUGAGAUCAUACAAGGUUAUUUAUGUAUUGCUAAAAGUGCAAGACUGUUUCUGCUGCCUAGUGUGUUUUACUCAAGCAAAAAAAAGGUUUUAAAGGGUUGCACUUUUGCAGUUUUAACAGAAUGAGGAAUAUUGAAUAAGCACAGGCUGUUGAAAUAAUGUGUAAACCUCACUAACAGUACAUCUUAGUAUUUUCAGAAUGCAGUAUGAAUGUACAGUUUACAUGGAAAUCAAUUCUGUCACUUCAUACAUUUAAGCUGUACUGUACUAUUAUAAAUAUUGGUCAGUUACUCUGUUAUUUGACCAAGAGAGAGCGCAGUUGUAUCAUUUUGUAUGUGUUAGUAUGCCAUUAUAGUACCGGUACUUAGUAUGAAUAAGAACGUUACAACUCUCUUCCACCGAGGCGUUGGCACAAAGCUGUGCAAAACUUGGGUCGGUGUGUAAUAUUGUGCAUUAUUGUAAACUUAACCAAGUGUUUCACGUUUUUCAAAAGAAACCUACAAAACAAUGUUAUUAUAAGUCAUUUUGGUGUUUCAUGUUUUUGUUGGCAUUCUUGAAAUGACCCAAGUGGAAAUACUCAUUGUCACUAGUAAAGGUAUUUUCAUACUGACUAGA